AGGAGCCCCGAGCUCGGCCCCUGAGGAAAUGCCAGCCCGCCCUCCCCGCCCCCUCUCCAGAGCCCCCCUCCCCCAGCAGCCCCGUGCGGCUUCUGGCUAGGAGGACGCCAAAGGUGGGGGGCGUCCGAGGCCCUCCCGGGAGCCCCCCUGAGCCCUCCCCUCUCUCCUCCCCAGGCGCACCGAGAGGACGUCUCCCCUCCUUGGGGCUGCCUGAAGGACCCCCGUGUGACCCCCGCAGAGAGCCCGCAGCCAGAGGGAGAGGCCCCCGGGACCCCGAGGCCCCCCUCGCAGUCGAAUUUGACCCAGAGAUGGUGCGGAAUGUCGGAGAGAAACCUGAGUGACAAGGCAGGCAGUUGGAAGGGGGAGGAGGAGAGACUUCUGUAAGGACAGUGACUCCGGGGAGUUCCUUUCCUGGACCCGGACUGAACAGAGGGCUCUCUACCUUCUAUUCCUGGGAUUUCCCCAACCUGUUCCUCUGACCUGUUUGCCCUGGAUUGUGCUAUUGGGAAACCAAGAUCUGAAGAGGCUAGCUGAACUGCAAGCUUACCUUGAGGGGUUUUACCGGGAGAGGCAAGCUUGGCUGAGCCCGAAGAUAAAGAACUCUCUGUGUGCUCACUAUCGCUGAGGACGUUUUACUCGGACAAUUGUAGCAUCGUUGGUAGCACAGGGCUAGGAAGAAGCCGACAACUGUUAGAAGUGGGAGCUGGAGGCUCAACCUGAAGGACUUCACGACGACUGUGCUUUAGAUUAGGGGCCCCUGUUUACCUCUUUCCCCAUUUCUCCCUUUUUGGACUUGGUUAUCAAACCCGCUUUUGGUUGAGACAAUGCAGUCAGAUGAACCUCCGGAAGAUAUCAGGGGAGCUUGAGGGUGCAGGGCUCACUUGGCGAGGCAGUUGUAAGAGGUCAGACCCCAAGCCGACUGCCAUCCCUGCCUCUCUGACAGGGUCUGAGUCAGAAAGGACAUCUCGGGGUGCCCCGGCAAAGCGUCACUACUUUGGCCCAGGGAUGCCUCUUAUCUGAAGACGGGAUCCUGUGCUCAGUUUUCAUCUGAGGCCCUCUGGUUAUGGGGAGGAUAGCCUCGCUGGCAAGUACCAUCAUUAGGGGUUUCUUAUCUCCCCUCUUAGAGUUGGUGAGGCCAGCCAGGCUUCUUACCUGUUUUAUUGAAACUUUGGGAAACAGAAGACAGGAGGUGUUUUCAGGGAGGUUUGGGCCUACAUAGGGGUGAAAAGCCAGUGUGGAGUAGGAGGUAGCCAUCCUGGAAGCAGUAUCACUCUGCCCAGCCGCAACAACGGCCAGUAAGAACACUCUGCUCUUCCUAAGGGGGCAAGCUCUUGAAUGCCUACUGAAACGCCCUUUUCCCCUCUGGCAAGAGGCUUUUGGAGAAAACUACGGCUAGCCAACUUGCAGUGGCAGUGGGUUAUCUGGCCGUAGUAGGACAUUCUAUUUACCCAGGGCGUGCAUUCUUUUUGCUGACAAUUCCGGAUUUAUACAUAUAUAUAUAUAACAUUGCAGUGAUUGGAGACUGGGGUAGACGGGCCACUUUGUCACGUGCCAGUGGGAGUAGCAAUAAUAGUGGCAGUGAUCAAGCUGCGCCAUGCUUUAAAGAAAGGACUAACAUUGGUGGUUGAGAACCCAGGCAAAACGAAUGAGACGAAGAUCAGGAUUCUAGCAACGAGGGAGGAGAUCACACAGUUCAAACCAAAGGUUGCAGACUUGACUAAGGAAAAGGAAAACAACAAAGCAAAUAACACACAAACAGACAAUGUAGUCAAAGGGGGGAAGAAAGUUGAAACAGAAGGGGAGAUACCAAUACUGCCAUUAAGGGACUAUGCCGGUUUGCAAGCUGAUCACGGGAUCAUCCAUGUAAAAACUCACAGACUGUUUUCAGUUGGAGAUUUGGACAGCUUUAAGAAGAGAAUGCCUAAAUGGGUUUCUGACCCAUUUAAAUGUAUCAAGGAGAUGAAAUGUGCAGUUUGUACGACCCCACUUUUGAAGACACAGAAAUGUUCUCUCUGAGCUUUUUACACACACACACACAGAUCAAUUUGUUGGUGAAACAAGGUCAAACCCAGACUUAACAUCUUGGCCAGAGCAAUGGAGAGACUUGGAAUUAUGCCACAACCAAAAUCUAGUGUAUCAGAGAAAGGGGACAAUAACCUUCAAGGAUGUGGCUGUGGACUUCACCCAGGAGGAGUGGGACCUGUUGGACCAAUUUCAGAAAGAGCUGUACCUGGAGGUCAUGCUGGAGAAUGUGCAGAAUCUUCUCUCUGUGGGACUUCCAGUUCCUAGAGAAAAUUUUAUCUCCUGUUUCCAGCAAGGGGAAGCACCAUGGCUGCUAGAGCAAAAAGGCCCAAGGAGCCCCUAUCUAGAGGCAGAGACUAAUUUUGAAGUGAAGGAGAUGUCUACAGAGCUGAGCCUUUUUGUGGAAGGAUGUGGCCCCCAAAGAUACAUGGAUGACGGUCCCUGUGACUUCAUUUUGAGAGAACUCUAUGACUCUAAUAUCAAUGUAAAUAAAAAUCCAAAGAGUGAGUAUGAAUUUGAUGAGAUUGCAGAGGAAUUCAGCCAAUAUUCAGCCCUAAAUCAGUAUAUGAAAUUGACCUCAGGAAAUGACUAUUGGCAGGAUAGUGAAUAUAGCAAUUACUUUCCUGAAGAAGUAGGACUUAUUCAGUUGCCUGAGAAACCUCCUGAAAUGCUCAUGUAUCAAGGUAACCUAGAGGGAAUGGCCUUUGGCUGGAGUUUAGACUUCAUUAGACAUCCAUAUAGUAAACUUGUAACAAUGGUUUCUAUGAGUAAUAAAGGUAGGAAAUCUUCCAGUCAGAACUCUGAGCUUGCUGUACAUCAAAUAAUCCACUGUGGAAAGAAAUUUUAUGAAUGUAAACAAUGUGGAAAGGCUUUUUCAGAGAGGGGUAAUCUUGUUAAACAUCUGAGAAUCCACACUGGAGAGAAACCUUAUGAAUGUAAACAAUGUGGAAAGACUUUCACACAGAGGGACUCUCUUGUUAAACAUCAGAUAGUCCACACUGGAGAGAAACCUUAUGUGUGUAAACAAUGUGGAAAGGCUUUCACACAGAGUGGCCACCUUACCAGACAUCAGACAAUCCACACUGGAGAGAAACCAUAUGAAUGUAAACAGUGUGGAAAGGCUUUCACAAGGAAGGGCUCUCUUGCUGCACAUCAGACAAUCCACACUGGAGAGGAACCUUAUGAGUGUGAACAGUGUGGAAAGGCUUUCACACGGAGGGACAGUCUUGUUGCACAUCAGAGAGUCCAUACUGGAGAGAAACCUUAUGAAUGUAAACAGUGUGGAAAGGCUUUCACACAAAGGAGCAAUCUUGCUAAACAUCAGAGAAUCCACACUGGAGAGAAACCUUUUGGAUGUAAACAGUGUGGAAAGGCUUUCACAGAAAGGGGCUCUCUUGCGGCACAUCAGAGAAUGCAUACUGGAGAGAAACCUUAUGGAUGUAAACUCUGUGGAAAGGCAUUUCCACGGAAGGGCUCUCUUUCUGCACAUCAGAGAAUCCACACUGGAGAGAAACCUUAUGAAUGUAAACAGUGUGGAAAGGCUUUUAUAGAGAGGGGCACUCUUGCUGCACAUCAGAGAAUCCACACUGGAGAGAAACCUUAUGAAUGUAAACAGUGUGGAAGGGCUUUCACAGAGAGAGGCUCUCUUGCUGCACAUCAAAGAAUCCACACUGGAGAGAAACCUUUUGAAUGUGCACAGUGUGGAAAGGCUUUUACAAGGAAGGGCUCUCUUGUUCCACAUCAGAGAAUCCACACUGGAGAGAAACCUUAUGAAUGUAAACAGUGUGGAAAGGCUUUUACUGAUAGGGGUUCCCUUGGUGCACAUCAGAGAAUCCAUCUUGGAGAGAAACCUUUUUGUGUGGAGUGUGUGGAGUGAAAAAUUAGUGUGUUAUUCUCAAGGUAAUAAUUAUUAAUUUCUAAGUAAAGCUUGGGUUCACCUGCACCCCCCCAAUCAAGCCCCCUUCAAGACAAGAUUACCCCACCUCCAACCCUUCUCUCUGCAGGACAAAAGCUUUACAGCCUGUAAGUGUUUUGGCUAUUCUUAAACCCUGAAGUACCCCAUGAUCAAAUCUUAAGUACUCUUUUAUCUUAGAAGUCCUUCCCAUUGAAUCAUGGGCUUCCCCCAGGUAGUGAAGCCCAGUGGCUGGAAUGAUACUGGUGUAUCUUUUGUGAAACAUUAGCCCCUCCCAGAGAAUCCAGUCCCCUCUUUGUAUCUGUCUCCAACUUCCUGAUCAGUUGUUUAACAUCUUAAUUUGUUUGAAUGUAUCCACUGUAAAGCUAUUCAACUUAAUAUUCCUGUCCUUUAUUUCUGUAUUUCAUACAUUGUAAAAACGUUAUAAUCCCCUCAGAGAGGCUUGAUUUUAUCAGCAUUCUCCUAUAAAUAAGGGAUUUUUCUUUGAAUUUUGGGUUUUUUUGUCUUAGGUCAAUGGCUUGAGAGUGCUCUGCAUUUUUUUUCUCUCUCUCAAUAAAGCAUUGCAUCUUAA